AUUCACUAAAUUUUACGUGUAUCUACAUUAAAAAUGACAUGUUAAACUCUUUUAUAAUUUUCGCAAUAUCAGUACAUUUUAACAUGUAUCAGGUUAAUGCUUUAUCUAGUAGUUUACCCAAUUAAUAGUUAUUAUGAAAAGUUUAAUGUUGUUACCUUAUAAGUUGCGAUACGAUUAUGUAAAUAUUUUUACAAUAUCAGUACAUAUAACGUAUAACUCUUUAUAAUAAUAGGAUUAUGUAGAGUCAAAGAUGAUAGCUGAGAAAGAGAUGUUAAACUGUGGGAAGGAGGGUAUGGAGGUGGUGACAUUAUGUUGCGGUCUUGUGGGUGGAGACACUUACUUACCUUAUACCCCAACAAGUACUGCCUUAUUCUUGUCACUGCUGACUCGAGAGAAAAGUCUCUAUAAUUCACUCAAGUUUCUAGAAGAGCUUAUAGGAAAAGUGCCAAUUGUACAUAUUGAAGAUGUAUGUGAAGCUCACUUGUUCUUCAUGAAAGCUGCAGUCAAUGGCCGUUUCUUGUGCGCUAGCUCCUUUGUUUCUUCUGCAGAAAUUGGCUGUUAUUACCAACAGAAUUAUCCUGAGUUUAAUCUCAACCAAGAGUAUUUGAACGACCCCAAUAGAGAAAUCAAAUGGAGAUCGAAAAAGCUUGUUGACAGCGGUUUCGUGUACAAGUAUGGGAUGAAGGAGAUAUUGGAUGAUAGUGUUAGUAGUGCCAGGAAGAAUGGCACCUUUCAGCAACAAUGAAGCACCUCAUGCAUUAAGAGGCGGAUUCAGAAUUUACAAUUUAUAGGUUCCUGUAACAAUCUCAAAUUUAUAUACAAUAACAACUAAGUUCACAGUUUCAUUUUUAUAGACAUUUAAUGAAUUUCUAUAUAUA